GCGUGUGCAUUUCCACAGGAUGUUCAACUGGGUGGUGAAAGUGGUCCCUCACCCCCCUGGAUCGCCUCACACAGAUGCAGAUAUAAAUAAUCCUCCUGAGGUUAAACAGGAGCGGCCCAAAAAUAAAGAUGCCAAGACUCCUCCACCUAAGAGCACAUGUGAUGCUUCGGAAGACAGCCAGUGCCAGGCAGGGGUGUUGGGUUGGCUGUCCAAUGGCUUUGCCAGCGCCUUGCCUCAGCCCGCUGGCUCCCCUCACCUGGAAGACAAGUCUGCCGGGGAUGGAGAAAGAUCGGGAGUGAUAGGCUGGGUCACUCAGAGUCUGACCAAAGUGCUGCCGCAGCCCGACGACAAGUACAGAGAAGUUGACGAUGGCAACCAGGACGAGCACACGGAGGUGUACGAAGUGGAAACAAUGCCAGAUUAUGACCCCCUCCCACACAUCCCCGUGGUGGAGAUGCUGUCGGAAGAUGAGGGAGAGGAGGUGGAGGACAGUCAGUACAUGUUCCCCCCAAACGUCGUGACGUGGCUGAAGCAGAAGAUCCCUCAGCCGGUUCUGCUUCCUGCUGGUUCCGUGCCCAUUGAGCCCAAACCCCAAAAGACUCCCCGCUCCUCUUUGGACAAAAUUCUUUCUCCACCACCUGAAUCUCUCAGUGGAAUCGUACUGGACACUGAUAGCAGGGCCUCAGCGAUGGUCGGCUGGUUCGUGUCAGGGCUCGGCUUAAAGAUCCCUCAGCCUGUCCUUCCUCAAAAUGACAUUGAGGCCACAGCAGAAGUUCUCAAGAAAGCCUCAGCCCAACUCAAUCCUGACAUGGUGCUAGAAGACGUGGAUUCAGACAACGAAGGACAAGACGCUUCCACGCACCUCCACAGGUGUGCUGGGACAAAUGAAGUACUGCAAGCAUCCCAUCCAGCCAUUGCUCAAAUUCUUCAGGAGGACGCCGAGACCCAAACAGGCCGCUGGACACCUUUCAUUGAAAGCAUCAAGCGGGAGGCCGAGGACGUGGCUUUAGCCACCAUGGAGGAGCGAUUGCUCCAGGAGCGCACGGAAAUGGCCCUGAUGGCUGCAGAAGUGGCCAGACAGACGGCCGAGAUGGCCAUACGACAGCUGGCCAGCGAGGCUCAGUCCAUCAAACUCUCACUGGGGAGCCAAGAGCUGUUGGAAGAGCCUGAGGCUGAACUGCAGGUUUUACAUGAUGACAGAGAAGGAAAUCAACAAGUCAUGGCAUAUGAGGAGCUUCCCGCUGUUGAAGAGCAGGAGGAUAGCCAAGCUGAGGAGCAAACUAUAAUUGAAGAAGAUCCAGAAGAAGAGGCCGAGCCACGAGGGAUAUCCCCCUCUUCAUCUCCAAGACCCGAACCAGCGAAGGCUUCUGAGCCGGAGUGUGUCCAACAAGUAGUGGUCCAAAACCGAGAGGAGGAGGUUUCACAAGUUGAACUUGUGACCCAACAGCCAAAGAAAGCUGAGAAAUACGUGCCUGAAACCAAGACAGGUGAAAAGGAGGAUGCCACUGAAGACGAGUGUGGGGAUACUUCUCGACUCAGCCUCCGUCCAGCUGUCAACGUUGAGGACGUCGACUCACAUAGCGAGCGAGCUGGGGAGGGCAAACUGGAAGAGCUCCUCACCCCUCGGGACCCCAAAUUAAAAACUCUGACUGUCCCUGUGACCCCAACAGGAGGCCGACAAAGCAAAGGAGAUAAAGAUUAUAAUAGUCGACGGCGGCAAUCUCAAAGUGAAGAUGAUGAUGAGGAACCAAGUAUCCCUGUCAGAGCCUGGGCCAGCCAGUCCAGCAUUCACAGCACCGAUGACCUCUUACGAGAACGUCCGUCAUCAUCUGCCAGUCAGACCAGCACAGCGGUCAAUGAGCGUCUUCAGGAGCUGGUCCGCAUGUUUAAAGAAAGGACGGAGAAAGCUAAAGAGAAACUCAUAGAUCCUGACAGUUCUGAUGAGGACAGCAUCAUCCCCUCACCUCCGAAGGCCGCACCGCUGCAGCCUGCUCCUGCUAUUCAGACUGUGGACAAGGAAGAUGAUGAGGAGCUCCCUGAUCUUUCAAAGGCAAGAGCCAAGAAUGAGGCAGAGGAGGAGAAGUUCGACCGCCAGGUGAAGUCCCCUCGAUGGGCACGAGGCUAUGUGCGCUACCGCUUCCCCACCAGCAUUGACCCUUUCACCAAUUUGAUGUACGUGCUCUGGAUGUUCUUGGUGUGUUUGGCAUGGAACUGGAAUGCGUGGUUCAUCCCAGUGCGAUGGGCCUUCCCCUACCAAACACCAGCCAAUAUUUACUACUGGCUGCUGGCCGACUACCUUUGUGACCUCAUUUACAUCCUGGACAUCACGGUCUUCCAACCACGCCUGCAGUUUGUCCGUGGAGGGGACAUUGUUUGUGACACAAAAGAAAUGAGAAAGAAUUACAUGAAAGCCAAACGUUUCAAGUUCGAUGUGGCCAGUCUUGUUCCACUGGAGCUCUUUUAUUUCAAAACUGGCAUCAAUCCUCUUCUACGCCUGCCUCGGUUACUCAAGAUCAACUCAUUCUUUGAGUUCAAUGAGCGCUUAGAGGCCAUCUUGACCAAAGCCUAUGUCUACAGGGUGAUCCGGACCACAACCUAUCUCCUAUACUGUCUUCACUGCAACGCCUGCCUGUACUACUGGGGCUCUGCCUACAAAGGGCUGGGCUCCACCAAGUGGGUGUACGACGGCAAAGGCAACAGUUACAUUCGAUGUUACUACUUUGCGGUAAAGACCCUCAUCACAAUCGGGGGGUUGCCAGACCCCACCACUCUGUUUGAGAUCGUCUUCCAGCUCAUCAACUACUUUGUGGGAGUCUUUGCAUUUUCUAUCAUGAUUGGGCAGAUGCGUGAUGUAGUUGGUGCGGCCACAGCUAGUCAAACAUACUACCGCACCUGUAUGGACAACACCAUUAAAUACAUGUCCUCAUAUCGUAUCCCGAAAGAUGUCCAGAAUAGAGUCAAAACCUGGUACAACUACACUUGGCAAUCGCAAGGCAUGCUGGAUGAACAGGAACUGCUGACUCAGUUACCAGAUAAGAUGCGUCUGGACAUUGCGAUAGAUGUCAACUAUUCCAUUGUCAGCAAGGUCCCUCUCUUUGAGGGCUGUGAUCAACAGAUGAUCUUUGACAUGUUAAAGAGCCUGCGCUCCGUUGUCUACCUGCCAGGGGAUUACGUCUGCAAAAAGGGUGAGGUUGGUCGGGAGAUGUACAUCAUAAAGGCAGGGGAGGUGCAGGUGGUUGGAGGACCGGAUGGGAAAACGGUCUUCGUCACUCUCGGCGCCGGCUCGGUCUUUGGCGAGAUUAGUCUGCUGGCAGUGGGCGGGGGCAACAGGCGCACUGCAAAUGUGAUCGCUCACGGCUUUGCCAAUCUCUUUAUCCUGGACAAGAAAGACCUGAAUGAGAUUCUGGUCCAUUAUCCUGAAUCCAAGAAACUGCUGCGCAAGAAAGCCAGGAGGAUGCUCACGAAAGGGAAGAAACCUGAACCCAAAGAAGAAACCAAGGAGCCUGCCCAGGUCCAGGUCAGCCCUGUCAGGCCCGAGACCCCCAAACUGCUGAGAGCAGCCCUGGAGAUGACUGAGAAAUCCACAGGACUCAAAGGGGCCAUGGCUCAAGUCAAAGAGAGGACCAACAAGUCUAACGUCUCGCUCCAGGCAUCCAUCUCAUCUCUGCCAUCCCUCGUCUCCACGCGCUCAGCCUCUCCCGCCAGCUCCACCACGUUUCUCUCCACCUUCGCCUGCUACAACGACAACUCCGACUUGUCGCUUUCCCUCAUGGAGGACAUGCUGCCAAUGGAUCAAAGGCAAGAGGCCAUGGGUGAAGAGGAGGAGGAGGAGGAGGAGGAGGAGAAGGAAGGUGGGUAGAAGGUUGUGGCAGUAAAAAGAACUGUUUGUUCAGGCAUUGUAUGGGAAGGAGGAAAAGAUAUGCUGCUGCACUCAAAGGUCAUCUUUUUGUAAAGAUAAAGGAACUACAUAAAAAAAGAAAGUAACGUCCUAUUUACGAUGUAGCACAUUGAUCUGAUGACUUAUGUGUCUGCUGAACACAUAAUCUGAGCUCGCAGCUAUUGACAAGUGUGUUCAAUUUUGCUUUAAACAUGCUUUGAGUCUACUCCAUUGAGCUGUAUUGGUCAUAACAUUAUGAAAUUAAAAAUAAUUUAUUGUCUUCACACAAUCUCCAAAAUGGCGCUUGUUUUUGCUGUUGUUGAACAUUAAAUGUUUACAUUUUUUUUUGGUAUAUUCAGUUUGCCUUACUUUAAUUUUGUGUUGUCAAUAUCGUACGCUGCUGAGGUUUUAUUGUCUUAGAUGAUGGUCAAAAGCAAGUAAAGGUGUUUUUAAAAUAUAUAUGGACAUACUUUCACCAUAUGAAAUGAAACUGUGAGAUACUCAUGCUGUUCAUUUUGCUUGAUGUGUAAUAUAACAUUAAUGAUUGUUCUUUGAAUGUCCUUUAUCAAUGUAUUAAUGGAGCUGUAUUGUGAAAAAUACUCUAAUUGUAUAAAUGCUUUUAUUAUUGCAACCACAGAGCCGUUUAAAGCAGCCUACAAAGUCAAAUUAAUAUUGUUUCUCAUCGGAGUGUAUGUAUGUUUUUGUGUAUGCCUGUGAAAAAGUAUGUUUGUGUAGGCUGCAUUAAAUGGAUUCAUAAUCACCGUAACAUUCAAAUGUUGUAUGUAUAUCACAAUGAUGUUUGUCUUACAUUUGAAUUAAAUACAUU